ACAAACUCAAACUCAACUUUCAACAACAUAGCUUUGUUCCAAUUUAGAAACAUGGAGUGGAAGAGAGGCCACAUCAUAGGAUAUGGCUCAACCGCCACCGUCUCCCUUGCCACACUUAACGGCGACAUAUGUGCCGUGAAGUCAUCGGAGCUUUCAUGUUGUGAGCCACUAAAGAGAGAGCAAAAUAUUCUAUCUUCUCUAUGUUAUCCUAAUCCUUAUGUUGUUACUUAUAAAGGUUAUGACAUUACCAUGGAGAACAAUAAGCUCAUGUACAAUAUAUUCAUGGAGUACAUGCCAUUUGGCACGCUUAGUCAGCACGGUGGACUGCUCAAUGAGCAUACCAUCGUGUGCUAUACAAGGCAAAUAUUAAAAGGGUUAGAUUAUUUGCAUUCAAAAGGGUUGGUGCAUUGUGACAUUAAGGGCGCGAACAUCUUGAUUGGAGAAGAUGGAGCCAAAAUUGGAGACCUUGGUUGCGCUAAGAGUAUAAAUGAAGCCGCGGCGCCAAUCCGUGGCACCCCAAUUUUUAUGGCGCCGGAGGUAGCACGCGGUGAAGAACAAGGAUAUCCUAGUGAUAUUUGGUCACUUGGUUGCACUAUGAUUGAAAUGGCAACUGGUUCUUCACCAUGGCCUAAUGUAGAUGACCCAAUUUCAACACUUUAUCAUAUAGCAUAUUCAAAUUAUGGUCCUAAAAUUCCAUGUUUUUUAUCUCAUCAAGCAAAGGACUUUAUAGAAAAAUGCUUAAGAAGGAAUCCAAAAGAGAGGUUUUCAGCUAGUCAACUUUUGAGUCAUCCAUUUCUUAAAGAGUUAUGUUCCAAUUCUAAGCAAGUUGUGGAAUCUAAUUCAAUUUCACCAACUAGUAUUCUUGAACAAGGCUUUUGGUGUUCUAUGGAAGAAUCACAAAGCCUUAAGUUAGAGAAUUCUAUUGUUGAUGAUAGGAUCAAAAGAUUAGCUGGGGAACCUUGUUUAGCAAGGUGGCAUGAUAAUCAUGAUGAUAAUUGGAUCACAAUUAGAGAAAAUGAAGUUGAUGUUUUUUGCAAUUGUGGGUUAGAGAUAGGUUCAUCUAAUGAUGAGUUGGUGAAAAGUAAUGUGAAAGAUGGAAUUAGUGGGAAAUUUUGUAAGGGUCAAAGUCACAUUUGUAGGGAUGGUAGUUUUGUUGGUAGUAGUGAUAAUAAUUUUCAACUAGGUAUUGUUAAGAUGAUAGUUCCAUCAUUAUUAGAUGUUUUAUAAUUCAAUUUUAAUUAUUCAAAAUUAUAUUUUUCACCCUCUUUCA